CAGUUUUGUUACAUUCUUCAUUCAUUCCAUAGCCCCGUAAACAUACAUCAUAAUAUUUUUUCUCUGUUCGUUUGCGACCAUGCAACAAGCAAUCCCUUACAAAUCAUGGGCCCCACUAUAUGCUACAGGACACCUCAGCUGUCCAUCACCGCUAAGUCAUCCGAAGGCGUUGAUGAGCAGUGGAAGCAUUGUUAAAGGAACGAAGAAGAUGAGCGACAUGGUGUCGGAGAGCGCGGUGAUGGUGUUCGUCAGGCGAGGUUGCUGUAUGGGGCAUGUGGUGAAGCACCUGCUGUUAGGACACGGAGUGAACCCUAGCGUUUAUGAGGUGGAUGAGAAGGACGAGGUGGUCGUUGUUAAGCAACUGGAAAGUAUUGGAGUGAAGGAGGAAGGGAAGACGCUGUCGGCAGCGAUUCAGUUUCCGGCGGUGUAUAUCGGAGGAAGGUUGUUCGGAGGGUUGGAUCGGGUCAUGGCUGCUCAUAUAUCUGGGGAAUUGGUUCCUCUCUUGAAAGAAGCUGGAGCCUUGUGGCUCUGAUAUUGCGUGCACUAUGUUUAUUUAAUUUUUUUUUUUUUUUUUUUUUUUUUUCUGAGGUUUGAACUUGAUAGGUACUCUUAUUUCCCGGAUAAUGUUUAGGGAACGAUGAAAUUCUUUUUUCAGAUGUAACUGCUUAGAGGAAGAAAUACUUAAUGUUGUUUAAAAAAUAAAAAAUAAAAGAAAAAAGAAGAAAAAUUUAGGGGA